CUCACACCAGUUGAGGGAAAUCUGAGCUGAGCUGAAGACGAAAACUCAGAAUUUCAAUUUAAUUAAAUUAGUCGUCGAGAGAUUUUCCUAAAAGGGGGGGAACGGGGAGUAGGGGGAGGAGACCUAGGAAUAAUUGCUGCUGUUAAUAUGUCCUCGAAUUAUGGGAGUAGUGGGAGCAGUCGUAGCUAUAGUCGGGGGGAUUAUGGCAGAACGAGAGAUCAUCGGGACAGGGACAGAGACAGGGACAGAAGUUAUAGAUCGAGGAGUUAUUACAAUAAUAAUAGUAGUAGCAGUAAUGAUAAUAAUCGAAGCAGAUACUAUAAUCGAGGUUCACGAAACCAUUCCCCGCCGAGAAGGAUUGUCCCAGCAGACAGUCAUUCUCCUCCAAGGUCUAAUGACAAGUAUCGGAGUUCCUACUCGUCUUCUAAUAAUGCUCCUAAAUCAUCCUACUCCGGUCGGCGCACCCCUCCUACUGUUAAACUGGAAGGAUACCAAAGUUCAGAGUCCUACUAUACGCCACCCCCACGAGAGCCUCCCUUCUACAACCAUACGCCUGAACAACUUCAUCAUGAAAACCGGGGAAAUCACAACAAUCAUUCACUUCCUCCCCAUCACCCACAUCACCCCAUCGCUGGAUCUCUUGAACAACGUCAACACCCUCCACCACCCCCUGUCGGACCUCCCGGCGUCUAUAUACCUGGGGGAGCGCCACCACCACCACAUAACUACCCCUAUCAUCCGCAGGGUGUUUAUGGGCAAGAAGAGUAUUUAAAUGGGGUCGCUGGACCGGGUAGACCACCUAAGAAACCUAAGAAGCCGAAAAAAGAAAAACCUGACAUUAACGUAGUUGCCGAUGGAGUGAUAAGCCAGCUAAAGACUAAAGGAAUUUUUGACAAGUUUAGAAGAGAAUGCUUGUCCGAGUCUGAUUCAAAGUCUUCAUUUAUGAAUCUGCAUUCAAGAGUGACAACGACGGUGGACGCAUUCCUGCGCGGGUUGACGUGGACGCCAACGUUUCCUAAAAUGAAUGCUAGGAUCCAAAUGCGGAAAAGGAUAGAAGAGGCACCAUUUUUUAAACCCGGGAUUGAAAAUAUUGUUGCCCAAUGUUUACGAGGCAAAAUGGGAGCUGAAUUUAUUCCCGUAAUCGAAGACGAAACCUUCGACUAUAUGGGCUGUGAUAGGAAGCAUCAAAAGGAGGAAGAAGUAGCAGAUAGUGACACAAAAAUUAAGGUGGAAAAUGGUCAAGAAUCCGCAGAAACUAGCCAAGAAACUACUCAAAGUAUACCUUUCCAAGAAGCUGGAUCUGACUUAUGUUUCCCCGUCCCACCACCACCCCCUCCAUAUGAUCCUCCCCCACCACCACCACCACAACCAUCAUGGAGGCCGCUGCCGCCGGCCCUCCCACCACAACCACCACCACCCGUUAGAAAUGAGAGCCCUCCUUUCCCUCCCCCACCACCUCCAGAGUCUCCUGUGUCCUCCUCGACAGAAUUGUCCGAUCCCAGCAAUGUUUUUAAUGCCCAGAAGGCUAGCAGCAUUGACAGUGAUAGUCAGUCCAACAAUAUUUCAAGUGAAAACAAAGACCUUGUUCAAGUCAAUGGUUGGAACCAAGAAGCAAAAGACGAUGAAGAAAUGGAAACGUGUUCAUACGAGGAUGAAGCUUUUGUGGAAGAGGAUGACGAAUCAGAAGAUGAAUCGCCGAUGUUUGAGAAAAUUGGUGAAGUUUCGCCCCCUCGACCUGUGUAUCUUGAAGAUUCUGAAGAUAUAUUACGCGAGCUCGAAGAAGAAGCCCGUCGUAAUGCAGAAUAUACAGAAAAAUCAAAGUCCACAACUUCCGAAGAUGAAACUUGCACAACUACAUUAUCACCUGUAAAAGAGGGGUGCAAGUUUCUAGAACCACCACCUCUUUUUAAAGAAAAAUUAGCCUAUUAUAAGAAAUUGCCAGAAUGUGGAGUGGAUAAGUGAUUUUGUAUGGAACAAUUGCCUAGUAAUAUGACUACGAUAAUUAUUGUUAAUAUUAUGCUAUAUAACGACGUGAGAGACCUCCUGGUCAUUAAACACAGAAUUUACUUUUUAACAUGUUUGCCGCAACAAACACAACUAUUUGUACAACUUGACUUACUACUAUGUAACUAAAGAUAAUUGACUCAUUUUUGUGCAAAGUCUAAUUUAUACAUAAUAUAGAGUUUUUAUUACAUUAUAUAUUAGUUAUUUAUAUACAUACAUACAUAUAUAUGUCUUGAAGCAGUCACUCUUUGCUUAAGGUAAUUGACUAAUUAUACAACCCCCACGUACAACUUUUUAUAACUCUCUAAAAGAAUUUAUACGUUUCGUUAAUAGUCUCGUUCAAAUCAUAAUUUAAAUGUGUAGCCUUCUAUAUAGCUUAAAAUGUUUUUAACUCAAAAUUGUCCAUAAUCAUUACUAGUUUUGACCAUUGCAAGCGUUGCUGCGUUAAAUGCUCCUUUUUAUAUUUUCUAAUGUAACCCACCCAGUCAUUCAAAAUAGAUGUAAAUUAAAUUAUAUGUUAUUCUUAUAUAUAUAUCUAUGUAUACAAUACAUAUGAGUUACUAUAUAUGUAUUAUCUCAUUACUAAUGUAAUCCUUCUUUACAAUACAAAGAAACAGAUUUCUUAAACGUCCGUCCGAAA